AUGGCUUCCUCCUCCACGGCCAGGCAAAACCAAACAAAACCAGAAAACGCUUUUGAUGAAGUUGCACCUUAUUCUGUACCUAAAUCUACAGAGCCCUGGGACAUAUUUAUUAAUCAUCGUGGAAGUGAUAUGAAAUACACAUUAGCCACUACCAUCUACGAUAAACUUCAUUCCAUGGGAUUGCAUGUUUUUCUAGAUGAGGCUGGUGAUUGUAUUCCAGCAGAGAUACAACACGCCAUAACUAGUGCCACCCUUCAGAUUGCCAUUUUUUCUGUCAACUAUGCCCAAUUCCCAUUUUGUUUGGCUGAGCUAUCUUUCAUGCUCAAAACUGGUAAAAGAAUCAUUCCCAUUUUUUAUCAUGUUGAUCCCUCUGAUCUCAGAUGGAUUGGUCAAGGAAAAGGAAAAUAUGCCCCUGCAUUCUCAGAGUAUGAAAAGAAGGGCAGAUACAAAUCCGAAAAGCUUGAUGAAUGGAAAGGGGCUCUCCACAAUAGUUCAUUCCUAUCCGGCUACCUGGUCAACAAUGACGAGGAUGAGGCCAGAGUUUUGAAGAAUAUUGUGAAUUGUGCUAUUAAAAUUAUGAAAAAGAAAGGUCCAUUGUGGGUAACCGAUCGUCCUGUUGGAUUGGAUGAGCUGGUACAAGGCUUCGAAUCAGUUGCAGGAGAAGAGACAGUAAAAAUCACGGGGAUCGUGGGCAUGGGAGGCAGUGGUAAAACCACAUUAGCGAAAGAGCUCUUCAACAGGAACUUUUCCUCCUUUGAAAGAUGCAGCUUUGUUUUCGAUGUGCGAGAGGCAGCAUCCAGAAACGCUCUGCCUGACAAGCAGAAGAAGCUUCUGGCUGACCUCGGUGUCCAUCAUUCGCCAUUCGACCAUGUAGAUGAAGGCAAGGUCAUUCUUGCAAAUCGUUUGAGCUCUCAUCGGGCGCUUAUUGUAUUGGAUGACGUGGAUCAUAUCGACCAGCUGAAUGCUUUGUUGCCAAAUAAAGACAUCCUUGGAUUCCAAAGUAUGGUUAUUGUAACAACUAGGGAAUUGGGCGUCCUCAUAUCACGGGGUCUCUCCUGCAUUUAUAAAAUGCCAGGACUUAGCAUGCUACAUGCCGAGGAACUAUUCUGCUGGCACGCUUUCUUGCAAACCUCGCCACCCGCUGAAUUCGAAACUCUGGUUGAUGAGUUCUUAAAGGCUUGCAAUGGUUUGCCUCUGUCACUGAAGGUAUCGGGGGCACAGUUAUAUGGCAGAAAGUCCAUAGAUUACUGGAAAUCCCAAUUACAUAAAAUUUUAAGAAUAUUACCCGGUGAAAUAAAAGAAAAAUUACAAGUUAGCUAUGAUGCGCUCGAUGAAGAAGAGAGAGAGAUCUUCUUGGAUGUAGCUUGUUUUCUCAUUGAAGAAGAGAAAAGCACGGGUAUUGCAGUGUGGGAUGGAUCGGGUUGGAGCGGUCUCUAUGAAUUAGAAACACUGUUGAAUAAGUGUCUUGUGGAAGUGGUCGAGGAGGAAUUUGCUGAUGGGUUCGUGAUAAACAGAAUAAGGAUGCAUGAUCAGCUUAGAGAUAUGGGAAGAGAGAUUGCAAGUGGACAAUCUCCAUAUCGUCUUUGGUGUCCUCAGCAGAUUCACGACCUGAAGAAACAUUACACGAAAUUAGAGCCGAUUCGAGGGAUCAAACCUGCAGAUGCUUUUGUGGCGUUCAAAGAGUACACAGAUCAGCUGGCGGAGAACUCAAGCAGACGAUCUAAAUGCCUUGGAUUAAAAAUUCUUUUUGUGAAAGGUAACGAGUUUACAGAAGAAUUUGCCUCAGAAGAGCUUGUGUGGCUUCGCUGGGAAUGUUUUCCUCUAGGAAAAUUUCCAUCAUGGCUUGCAUUACAAAAUCUAAGUGUUUUAGAGCUUCAUAUAGCCUAUGAUUUGGAAGAACUGUGGCAGGACAAUGAAGAUCUUCCUUUGCAAUUGAGAGAGCUUAUUUUAUUGGAUUGCCGAAAACUGCAGUGGCUUCCAAGCUCAAUAAAUCAUCUUCAGGAUCUGAAAAGGCUUGACGUUGAAUUCCAUGGUAGCACUUUGUCCAACGAGUUCUGCGGUCUCCAAUCACUGGAGAAUUUGCGAUUAGACUCUCAAGUGCUAUCUUCACUACCUGAUGGUUUUGGCAAUUUAACAAGGUUAAGGAAUAUAAGUUUGAUAAACUGCGAGCAGUUAUGCAUAUUGCCAGAUUCUUUCAGUCAGCUGAUACACCUAGAAGUUCUACUUUUAGUAAGUUGUGAAAUACUGUCUUCACUACCUGGUGGAUUUGGCAAUUUAACAAGUUUGAAGAGAAUAAGUUUGACCAAUAACAAGCAGUUGAGAAUAUUGCCUGAUUCUUUCAGUCAACUGACAAACUUAGAAAUUAUAGAUUUAUCAUAUUGUACAAAGCUAUCUUCACUACCUGAUGGUUUUGGCAAUUUAAGAAGUUUGAGGAAUAUAAAUCUGGAGUAUUGUGAGCAAUUAAGCAUGUUGCCUGAUUCUUUCAGUGAGUUGACACACUUAGAAAUCCUAGAUUUAUCAUAUUGUUCAAAGCUAUCUUCGCUACCUUAUGAUUUUAGCAAUUUAAUAAGCCUGAGGGAUAUAAAUCUGAAGUUUUGCUUCAAGUUGAGCAUAUUGCCUGAGUUUUCAAAUCAGAUGAUACAGCUGGAAAUUCUAGAUUUAUCACAUUGUACAAUGCUAUUUUCACUACCUAGUGAUUUUGGCAAUUUAACAAGUUUGAGAAAUAUAAAGUUGACAUAUUGCCAAGGAUUGAGCAUGUUGCCUGAUUCUUUCAAUCAGCUGAUACAUCUAGAAAUUCUAGAUUUAUCAUAUUGUAAAAUGUUAUCUUCACUACCUGAUGGUUUUGGAAAUUUAACAAGUUUGAGGAAUAUUAAUCUAGAGUAUUGCGAGAAGUUGAGUAUGCUGCCAGACUCUUUUAGUCAGCUGAUACAGUUGGAAGUUCUAGUUUUGAAAAGUUGUGAAAUGCUAUCUUCAAUGCCUAUUAGAUUUGGCAAUUUAACAAGUUUGAGGAGUAUAAAUUUGAAGUAUUGUGACCACUUGAACAUGUUGCCUGAUUCUUUCAGUCAGCUGAUACACCUGGAAAUUCUAGAUUUAUCAUACUGUACAAUGCUAUCCUCACUGCCUGAUGGUUUUGGUAAUUUAACAAGCUUGAAGAAUAUUAGUUUGAUAUAUUGCGAGCAGUUGAGCAUAUUGCCUGAUUCUUUUAGUCAACUGAUACACCCCAUAGAUCUAGAUUUAUCAGGCUGUGAAAUGCUAUCUUCACUACCUGAGACGCUACCAGUGUCGCUCAACAAUCUAAAGAUAUUCUCCUGCAAUUUCCUGAAGAACAUCAGGUGCAUUAGUGGUCUCAUAAAUCUUGAGACACUGGAAAUAUGUGACUUUUUCGAGUUAGAAGAACUCCCAAGCUUUGCUGAUUUGGCUUCACUCAGAAGAUUUAAAAUGUCUAAUUGCCCCAAAGUUGAGAAAAUAGAAGGUUUGGAACACGCCAAUUCAUUGAAGAAACUGUGUGCAAUGACCCACUGGAAUGUGCCAGGCAUACAAAGUUUGGAGAAUGUAGAACGAUUGAAAAAACUAAAACUCAAAUGUGAGACUAUGUCAGCUGUGAAACCUUGUAUUCAGUCUAUAAAGGGGAAGGAAUGUCCAAAAGAGAUAUGGAUACAAGGUAGCAUUAUCCGUUUGGAGGAGCCAAUUGUAAACUCUUUGGAGUUGGAGUUUCCUGAUCUUGUGGUCUUGAAGCCGUCCGACAUAGAAGGGUUUCCAGAAGAUUUGGAUGGUUCAGAUGAUUCGGAUGUGGGCGAGAUUCCAGAUGAUGCGGAUGAUUCAAAAGUAGACGAGAUUACAGAUGAUCCGGAUGUUUCAGAUGAUUCCAAGGUAGGUGGGUUUCCAGCUGAUUCAGAUGAAUUGGAGGUAGGUGAGAUUUCAGAUGAAUCAGAUGAUUCAGAUGUAGGCGAGAUUGCAGAUGAUUCAAAUGUUUCAUAUGAUUGGGAUUGGGAUGUAGGCGAGAUUUCAGAUGAUUCGGAUGUUUCAGAAGAGUCUAAUGAAGACGAUAUUCCAGUUGAUUCGGAUGUUUCAUGUUUGUAUUAUGUGGAGAAAGAGGAGGAAAAUGGCGAAGAGAGGAAAGUGGUGCGCAUAUGUUAUUCAGAACAUGAACUUGACCAUGGCUUCCCACGAAACAAAACAAUAGUAGUGUUCGGCAAAAGGGAAAGGGUUGCGGAGGCCUUCUACCAAUUAUUAGAACUUCUGGAAUAA